UCGUGAAGGUCGCGAUUGCAACGCUACCUACCGCAGUGGUACCGUAAGUUGUACAGAAAUAGCGAAAUCGCCAUUCGCCAUUAGUACGAUUUUUUUAUAAUGCGCGUGAAAAAGGUGGAAAAUUCGUGGAAAAACUACUAAAAAGUGUUUAAAAAACAAGUUCAGUGAACCAACAAUGGCAAUGAAUAUGGAGAGUGUUGUUGCAUUCAAUGCAGAGCUUUCGGGGCUCAUUGAAACCAAACCACCCAUCUCUAAAGCAAAGAUGGGUGCAAUCACGAGGGCUGCGAUGAAAGCCAUCAAAUUCUACAAGCACGUCGUACAGAGUGUUGAGAAGUUCAUCCUCAAGUGUAAGCCCGAGUACAAAGUGCCCGGACUCUACGUCAUUGAUGCUAUUGUUAGGCAGUCGCGGCAUCAAUUUGGACCCGAAAAAGACGUCUUUGCACCUCGUUUCGCCCAAAAUAUGCAACAAACUUUCUCUAAUCUCUUCCGGUGUACUCCUGAGGAUAAGAGUAAGAUUGUUCGAGUACUGAAUUUAUGGCUGAAGAAUAAUGUUUUUUCUCCGGAAGUUAUAAAUCCUCUGUUUGAUUUCUUCAAUCCAAAUCGAACGCAUCCUCUUGAAUCACAAGCCAUUUCCCAGAGUAUGAAUGUAACAAAUGGCAUGACAUCUACCACCCAGAUGGUUUCGGAUUCCCCGCAGGUUGUUCAAGCGGAUGAACAGAGUCGUAUGUCGGCGGAUUUAUCGAAUUCCCAUGGAAAUGUUACGGGGCAAAUUGAAUUGGAUCCCAAUAUCAUAAGACAGCUCCAUCACUUCCAAAAGCUCCUCAUUCAGCAGACAGGAAAUGAUGCGGGUGCGGGGAAUAGUAGUCAGGAUCAAGUGAAGUUCAAUAAGAAAUUACUUGACUUUGACUAUGGGGAAGAUGAGGAAGAGGAGAAGACAUCAUCGCCCAAUGUUACAAGCUCAUCGAGUGUACUGGAGAUGAAUAGCUUAAAUCAAUUGCUACAGGAUCCCAAUGUGUUGCGUCAGCUGCAGAAUUUGCAGAAGUUAAAGCAACACGAGCUGGAGGAGAAGCAGACAAAAUUAACGGAGAUGCGACUGCAGGAGGAGGCAUUUGAGAAGCACCUCGUGAAUGUGCUGAAGAAGUUACCGUUUGCAAGUGAAUGCGAUCUCAGUCGGCAACCAGAGCAGCAGCAACAGACACAGAUGUAUGCCAUGCAACAGGCACAGUUGCAGCAGGCACAAUUGCAGCAAGCUCUGCAGCAGCAGCAGCAGCAUUUGCAGCAGCAACAAAUGGCAGCUGCGGGUGCUGGAAUGAUGUCUGGACCAAUUGGCACGGAUGCUGCGGAAGCUGAUGUGGAAUUUGCGGGUGAAAGUAGUGGAAAAGUGGAGGUAAUCACGCUGGAUGGGAAUGAUUCGGAUGGCUCAACACCCGAUAGGGAUCGCUACAAGUCACGUCGACGUAGUAGAUCACGUUCAAGGGAUCGCACACGUGAUCGUAGAAGGCGCACGAGAUCACGAUCGAGAUCCCCACGAUCCCGAAGACGUUCCUCCAGGGAGAGAGCACGCGAUAAGAAGCGCGAAAAGGAGGAAGAGUAUGAUCGUGAGAGACGCCGAAAGGGACUACCGGAUAUAAAGAAGGAGCACCUUAGUGUGUGCAGUACCACCCUGUGGGUGGGGCACCUUUCGAAACUUGUUCAGCAGGAAGAGUUGAGUGAUACUUUUGGGCGGUAUGGGGAUAUUGUGAGUAUCGACAUGAUUGUGCCACGGGGAUGUGCUUUUAUUGCCAUGAAUCGCCGCCAGGAUGCCUAUAGGGCAAUGAAUAAUCUCAAAGGGCACAAAAUGCAGGGGCGUGUCAUUACAAUUUCCUGGGCCACGGGCAAGGGGGUGAAGAGUAAAGAGUGGAAAGACUAUUGGGAUUUAGAUUUGGGCGUUAGCUACAUUCCCUGGUCGAAGAUUGACCACACAACCGAUCUGAUAUCCCUCGAAGAGGGUGGAAUGUUCGAUGAGGACACCCUGCCGGAAUGGCUGAAGGAGAAGCGCAAGAAUGAGCUGAAACGCCCCGAAAUUGCUGCAUUGGACACAAGUCAACCACCUCCGGGUGCCAUGAUGCCAAUUGUUGCACCCUUUCAAUUACCCACAGCUGGUGCGGGACGUAUGAUUGCACCACCAUUGCUGCCCAAUAUAAUUCCCGGAUUACCCCUUGGUGUUCCACCGCCGCAAAUGAUGAUGACCCCCCUGAUGCAGAUACCGCAAAUGGAUAAAACAAUACCACCACCAGGUGGUGCACUUCCCACGGCGACACCUGAACAAUUAUUCACCCUAAACUUCCCCAUGCCCCCAAUGCCACUACCCACGAGUCUUCCGCCACCGGUGCAACAGCAGCCGGAGAAGCACGAUGAUGAUCACAUGGAGAUUGAGGAUGAUGAAGGGGCGGCUACCGGUGGUGUUGGGGCAGGAGAUGGGAAAAAGGAUACACCACUUAGUGAACAACUAAUGGCAAUGAGUAACUUCUUCAAUCGUCCACCACCACUCAUGUCUCAACCCGUAUCACCAUCAAUUGUGCAGAGUUUUGCAAAUAAUACGCCGGAUAAGAAGCAGCAGCAGGAUGAAAUGCGCGAAGAUAGUCGUGAUCGUGAAUUUCGUAGUCGUGGGCGUGAUAGGGAUCGCGAAAGAGGUAGUAGAGAUCGUGAUCGUCGUGGUGGAGACUACAAUCGUGGCGACAGAGGGAGUCGCUGGGGAAGUGGUGAGCGUACGUCGAGAGAACGCACCGAAAAGGCAGAAGCAACGGGGAAAUCACUGGCAGAUCGUUUGCGGGAAAUGGCAAAUGAGAGCUCGGAGGAUUCAUACAAUCGUAGAGAUGCUGCUCAAUGGAGGAAUCCACAGCCUCUAAUGUCUCUAUUUGGUGAUCAGGGUCCACCGCAGGGACGCAGAGGUGGCGGGGAUGGAUUACUUGAAACACCUGGACCAAUUAUGAUGUCCCAGGGUGCACCACCAUCGUUCAGGCAGCAUGAUAUGUUCGAUGGAAUGCGCCAUCGAGAUGGCCGAAUGGAUGAUUUUGAUCGUCGUGGUCCCAAUCAUCGUGGAGAUUUCUUCCCUCCACCGCGCUUUGGACCGAUGAAUGGGAGUGGAAUGCGCGGUAUGAUACCCAUGGGACGUACGGGUGGUGGUCCACAAUUUGGACCUCGUGGAGGACCACUAUUUAUGCGUGGAAUACGUCCAGGACCACCAGGGCCAGGUUUUCAAUACGGCAUGGAUCGUCCAGGUGGUGGUGGUGGUUAUUUUGAUCGUGAACCCGCAGGGGGUUUCGAUAGAGACGACCGACGUCGCAAUGGACCUGGGCAGGAACGUAGAAUGCGAGAUCAGCGUGGCGGGAAUCGUUUCCAAGGACGUGGGGAGAUGAAGCAGCAGCAACAUCAGCAACAACGGGAAUCACGAUGGGAAGAUGAGAAUCGUCAUGAGGACGAUGAUGUGGAUGAUGAUGAGGGGCCACCGGGUGUUUCGGGUGGGGCAGAUGAUGUUGAUGAUUUACCCGAAGUGGGAGAGGAUUCAUUUGGUGGAGAUUCGGGUGCAGCAGCAGCACAAGCAUCUACCGCUGCAACGCAAGGAAUUGCAAGGGAUGAUGAUGAUGAUGAUGGGAAUGAGGAUGCCCCGGUGAAUGACGGAGGGCAUGAUAGUGAGGCAAUUGUAGAUGAUGGGGGGGCACCAGCGGGUAAAGCAACACCACUCUAUGAUGAACCACAAGAGAGUAGUGCACCAGCAACAGCCACGGAGGAGGAGGUACCUUCGGUGGUAGUUGCUGAAAAUAAUGAAGGAUUUCUUUUCCAACCUACACAAUGCUAGAUAAACAAAAUUUUCCUUUUGUUUGUGGACAGUUGAGGAAAAGCUAUAAGAAGAAAAUUGAUGGAAUUUGAAGAUAAAAAAUAAUUCAAUAUUGUACAUAAUAAUUACCUAAUUACUGUGAGAUGUACUACACCCUUUCUCUGGCUAUAAUUGCAAAAAUAAAAUUAAAUACUUUGUGCUGAAAA